CCGCCAUUUUGUCCAGUGCGACAGAGCGAGAGCGGUUAGGAGGCACUCCAGUCUUGGCGGGAAAGAGGCCGAGGCCGAGGCCGAGCGAGCGGAGGGACAAGAGCAGCGAAGGAGAAGGGAGGGGAAGAAGGCAGCAGUAGUUGGCGAGAGUCCUUGGCGCUCCUGGCCUCGAAGCCGAGAUGCAUCGCGACUCGUGUCCACUGGACUGCAAGGUUUAUGUAGGAAACCUUGGGAACAAUGGCAACAAAACCGAACUGGAACGAGCUUUUGGCUACUAUGGACCACUGCGCAGUGUGUGGGUGGCUAGGAAUCCCCCUGGUUUUGCCUUUGUGGAAUUUGAAGACCCACGUGAUGCUGCUGAUGCAGUGAGAGAACUAGAUGGGAGAACUCUCUGUGGAUGUCGUGUCAGGGUGGAACUCUCCAACGGUGAAAAACGUAGUCGAAACCGUGGUCCACCUCCCUCAUGGGGUAGACGUCCCCGAGAUGACUAUCGCAGGAGAAGUCCUCCACCUCGCCGCAGAUCUCCACGGAGGAGAAGCUUCUCCCGUAGCCGCAGCAGGUCCCUUUCCAGAGAUAGGAGGAGAGAGCGAUCACUGUCAAGGGAAAGAAAUCAUAAGCCUUCCCGUUCAUUUUCCAGAUCUCGUAGCCGCUCCAGGUCAAAUGACAGGAAGUAGGACAUCAGGAAGAGACUUGUACAGGAAGUCCCGUUGAAUCAGAAGAGAAGAGUAUGUACAGAACAUUGUUUUCUUUGAGACUACAUGAGCUUGGUGCAUUUUUAAAAUGUUUUAGCUGUCAAAUUCUGUUUUUCUUGUAACAGGUGACAAAUGUAACAGUUGUGAAUCUUUAUAUGGUUCUGAGCAGGUCAUAUGAAGUGUAAUAAAACGUGUCAUUUUACAGUGUACCCUUAGGCAUAACUUUGAUUUCCAUUGAUGUUAAUAAAUCACCUUGCAUAGACCUACCAAAUAAAACCUCAAAAGCCAUGCAGUGACAAAUGUUUCUAACCUUUUAGACUAUGGAUUGGAAUCUUCACAGGAUCUAAACUUGAAAGGAAUUUCACAACACAUGGACAUGAGCAUUUGCCAUAAUCAAAGCUAGGCAAUCUAUGCAAGGUGAGACUUGGAGGCUUAAUUAGUUUGCCAGAAUAGCGGACAGUUUGAAACCAGUAGUAAGCAAAGAGACUGAAAGCCUUGUAGCUAGACUUUUCUAAAAAAUAUUUUACAAUUCUGAUUUUAUACCAGCUUUGUCAAAGCUGUCUUCUAUUCUGUAAAAUGUAGAUUAAGUUUUGUACUUCUAUGUGGAAAGCUAGUUUAGUUAAAAAUGUUAAUGAGCUGCAUAAUAGUCUUCUUUGUUGCAUAGACCAAAAUAAGAACAAGUGAAUGGGUAAAGGUAGAUGCAUAAGGGUACAUUGUAGAUUAAUAAACAUCCUCCUUGUGCAUAAGUUGUCAUGUCACUGUAAACUCUUGGAGAUCUUUGGAUUAAAGUUUUGGUUACAAA